UCAAACCAUCACUAUAGCAGUGAGGAAGUUCACCGCUAACACCAGCUAUCGGUAGGUACCUCAGUGCCUCUCCUGUUGUUUUUAAAUUUGGGCUCCACUCAUAAAUAAUAAUUACCAGCGGCUGAAAAACUUUGGGGACAGGUGAACUUCUGGUUUACCUGGCGAGAGCAGCCACCAUGAAUCAAAGCAAAGUGGAUCCCGAGCCCUUUGAGUACACGUAUUACGACUAUUCGGAUUGGUACUCAAACAACCAGGAGCCAACCAAGCCACCAAUCAAAGUAAUACAGCCAUGUGACCACACAGCCGACGACAGAAUCUUCCACGUCAGUGUCCUGUCAAUAUCUCUCGUUAUGCUGUUGGUCCUGGCCGUUCUGAACAGGAAACACAAGCUGUGUGGGGGGUUCGCUCGCGGUUCUUCGGGCAUCUUCAGUGCGGUGAACUUCCUUGACCAGACCCAGAUCAAAGGUCCCGCCAUGGCCGUCUUUGGGCUGGUGUUCAGCAGACUGGCAGUGUUGGUUCUCUCCCCGAACCCCCUCCCGUUCCUCAAAGAAACUCCGGCAGAAAUGAAAGAGUACAUGAAGAUCCUGGCGGUGUUCUACUACCCGCUCCUGUACUACCCCCUGCUGGUGUGCUGCACCCUGCAGCACAGAGCCGGCUACGCCUUCGGGAGCCUGCUGGCCCUCAGCCACUUUGGGGUUCUGUUCUGGCAGAAGGUGGACUGCCCCGAGACCACAGAGAUCUACGCGUAUUACGCUCUACUGGCCAGUCUGCCCCAGCUCGCCUGCCUGGCCUAUCUCUGUUUCCAGUUCCCCCUGCUGUUCUUUAAAGGCCCCAAAACAGAUGAGGACCUUGACAGUAAAUACUACCAAGACUACGUCAAGGCUCUUCUGAAGAAGAAGCCCUCAAUCUCCAGCUCUAUAAACAUAGACAAACCAAAGCUGUCGGAACGAUUACUGGAAGCAGUCAAGGGUUACAUCUAUACACCAGACAAAGUGUUCCGUUUCCCGCUCAAGAUGUCCAUUUCAGCCUUUGUUGCUUUAGUGGCAAUGUAUCAUGUGGCGCUGUUACUGGUGGUUCUGGUCGUCCCCGUGCUCCACAUCGUCCGCGCUGGCAUCGACCAGGACAUCGCCUUCCUGCUGAUGGGCUUCAACAUCAUCCUGUCCGAGGACAAGGCGGAGGUGGUCCAAAUCGUCACCUACUACACCUGGCUGCUGGAGGUGUGCUACCUGUGUGCCAUGACCCUCGCUUGUAUGGUCAGUCUGGCGAUGCUGAUGAGGUCUAUGGUCCUAAACAGGGCAAACCUCAGAGGCUUAUACCGGGGAGACAUUUGCAGCGUUUAUAGCUGCCAGAAGACCAUCCGUCCAUCCAAGCCUGGGGUUGUGUGCUGGAUGGGACUGACAGGAUACCACGCUGCAAUCGUCAGCAUCGGGAUGGUGAUCCAGACGCUGGUGUUCUUCAUCUGUUUCCUGUUCCUGGUCUUCCUCAUCAUCGUCCCCAUCUUUUACGGCCGGAACCUCAUCCUGUUCCAGAUCUCUGCUAAAGCGUGGCCUGCCUGGGUCACACUGGUUGUGGUGACGGCAAUCCAACAUGUAGCAGCUCACUUUGCUUUUAUCAAGAAGGAUGGAGGCACCACCGAUUUGAACAACAGGGGCAGUCUGUUCCUGCUCACCUACAUGCUGUACCUGCUCAACACGGCGGUGGGCCUGGUGGUGGGGAUAUGGAGGAUGGUGAUCACCGCCCUGUACAACAUCCUCCACCUGGGACGCAUUGACAUCAGCCUGCUCCACCGCAGAGCAGAGUCCUACGACCCAGCGUACCGCUACUACGCCCACUUCCUGAAGGUGGAGGUGAACCAGUCCCACCCGGUGCUUAAGGCCUUCUGCGGACUGCUGCUGGACAUCCAGAUCCAGAAGGGGGGGGCGGCGAAGAAGAUACGCGACGCAGAGGAAGGGAUCCAGAGGGUGCAGCCGAACCGGCUGGCCCCGGCGGCCCAGCGGAAGAGGUUGUGCGUGCGCUGGCAGCUCCUGUACACGCUGGUCAACAACGCCUCCCUGCUGGGCUCCAGGAAGCACUUCCAGGUGCAGGCGUCGUCCGCCGAGGCAGGCCUGAACGGCGCCCUGCGGCGGGGCUCCGUCAGAGCGGGCGGCACCCGGGAGGCUAGCCCCGGGCCGGGGGCCUCCGAGGCAGCAGAGGUGGGGUAGAGGCCCCGGCGAGCUAAAGAUGCUACGAUGCAACCGGGUCAGAGCAGGAGGGAAACGGGACAGGCCCACCGCGGGGUGACCGAGAUUUAGCAGAAGUAGAACAGCAGCGAGACUCGAAUGAGGAUGUGUGUGACGUCCCUACUGAUUAACUACGCUGUGUUCGCCAUUUAAACAACCCUUAUAUGUAUGACAAUCAUUCAAGAGGCCAGAUGGACUAAUACAUGCAGAGAUCAAUAAACACAAGGGGUCGUGAAACAA